GCACGACUGAACCAUGGAGCUUCGAGUGGGGAACAAAUACCGACUGGGCAGAAAGAUUGGCAGUGGUUCAUUUGGAGACAUUUACCUAGGAGCCAAUAUUGCGACUGGUGAAGAGGUGGCCAUCAAACUGGAAUGUGUCAAAACCAAGCAUCCCCAGCUCCACAUUGAAAGCAAGUUCUACAAGAUGAUGCAGGGAGGAGUGGGUAUCCCCUCCAUUAAGUGGUGUGGAGCAGAGGGGGACUAUAAUGUGAUGGUGAUGGAGCUCUUGGGGCCCAGCCUGGAAGAUCUCUUCAACUUCUGUUCCCGCAAAUUUAGUCUCAAGACAGUUCUGCUCCUGGCAGACCAGAUGAUCAGUCGUAUUGAGUACAUCCAUUCCAAGAACUUCAUCCACCGGGAUGUGAAGCCAGAUAACUUCCUUAUGGGCCUUGGCAAAAAAGGCAACCUAGUAUACAUCAUUGAUUUUGGUUUGGCCAAGAAGUACCGAGACGCCCGGACCCACCAGCACAUCCCUUACCGGGAAAACAAGAAUCUGACUGGCACAGCCCGUUAUGCCUCUAUCAACACCCACCUGGGAAUUGAACAAAGUCGCCGUGAUGACCUGGAAAGCCUGGGCUACGUGCUCAUGUAUUUCAACCUGGGCUCCCUGCCGUGGCAGGGCCUCAAGGCUGCCACCAAGCGCCAAAAGUACGAGAGGAUCAGCGAGAAAAAGAUGUCCACGCCCAUUGAGGUGCUCUGCAAAGGGUACCCUUCUGAGUUCUCAACAUACCUCAACUUCUGCCGCUCACUGAGGUUUGAUGACAAACCUGACUACUCGUACCUGCGGCAGCUCUUCCGCAACCUCUUCCACCGCCAAGGCUUCUCCUACGACUACGUCUUUGACUGGAACAUGCUUAAAUUUGGAGCAGCCCGGAACCCCGAGGACAUGGAUCGGGAGCGGCGAGAGCACGAGCGAGAAGAGAGGAUGGGGCAACUCCGGGGGUCAGCCACACGAGCACUGCCCCCCGGCCCUCCUGCUGGAGCCACUGCCAACCGUCUUCGCAAUGUCACCGAGCCCAUGGCCUCUACCCCCACCUCCCGAAUCCAACAGUCUGGAAACACGUCCCCCAGAGCAAUCUCAAGAGUGGACAGGGAGCGGAAGGUCAGCAUGAGGUUACACCGAGGAGCUCCUGCCAACGUCUCCUCAUCUGACCUCACAGGGCGGCAAGAAGUGUCACGGAUUUCAGCAUCACAGACAAGUGUGCCAUUUGAUCACCUUGGGAAGUGAGGAGCAAUUGCCACUGGACCAGUGUUUGCUUAGUGUCUUCACUGUAUUUUUCUUUUAAAAAACAAAAAAAACCCCAAAAACAAAAA